GUCUUCCUCCUCCUCUCGCCACCACCACUGCACACUGGAGACAGGAGAACUUGAGAGGAGGGACGGAGUGAUUCCGCCAAAGAAGAAAUGCCUCGCGGUGGGUUCUCGGGGUCCAUCAGCUCGCCCAAGAUCGACGUCGCCAUCGACAUGGGCAACCCCUUCCUCAACCGCACCGUCGACGGCUUCCUCAAGAUCGGCGCGGUCGGUGCGUGCAAGGUCGCCGCCGAGGAGACAUUCGACUGCCUCCACAGAGGGGAUGUUUCAAAGCACAGGCUUGAGCAUAUGCUGAAGAAAAUGUGCAAGGAGGGUGCAUAUUGGGGUACUAUUGCUGGAGUGUAUGUGGGCAUGGAGUAUGGAGUGGAGAGGAUACGUGGUCGCCAUGAUUGGAAGAAUGCGAUGAUUGGAGGUGCCUUAAGUGGUGCUCUGAUCUCUGCUGCCAGCAACAACCACAGAGAGAAGAUCAUCAAGGAUGCCAUCACCGGAGGCGCUGUCGCAACGGCUGUUGAGUUCAUCAACUACCUCACUUAGCUCUGUAACUGCAUCUUGCAGUGCUGUUUGUUGGACAACCAGAAUAAGAGCUUCUUCACUGAAGCCAUGUUCAGUUAAAUAAGAAGUUAGUACCUUGUUCAGUCCCGUUUUGUUCCCUGCGCUUGUGAUUUCAGUGCUUAUUCGGAGUAAU